AGGUAAAGGAAGCAGUGAAAAGCAGAAGCAGAUCAGGACAGAGCAUGUAAACAGGAGGCGCACACACAGUUGUCUGUCUUGUUUUUGUUGGACGCACUGAGACUUUUCGUGCCACCCUUAAAAUGUGACUCUUACACGAGUGUUUACUGCGGAUUAAUCACCACCGGUUUCUCGACAUUUCAAAGCCUCAUCCAACCGGGAGUCGCUCCACACAGGUCCGCGAUGAGCGCGUCUGCAGGGACGGGUGUGUUUAUGCUCUCCUUGAUGUCCAUCCCCAUCUGUUAUUUAUUUAAUUCACUUAUUUACAACAAUAGUGCUGAAGCUUUCGUCUUCGCUGGGUGUACCACAGUUAUCACCCUAACCAUCUCAGUCCGGUUUAUGCUCAAGAAGAAGGCUCCAGCAGACCCUCUUUUCUAUGUGUACGCAGUGUUUGCAUUCCUCAGCGUUGUCAAUCUGAUCAUCGGGCUGGAGCAGGAUAACAUCAUUGAUGGAUUUGUGACCUUUUACCUCAGACAGGCAGAUCCACAUAUCAAUACAGCACAUGGGCACAUGAUCUCCUAUUGGGAUGGCUGUGUGCAUUAUCUCAUGUAUCUACUUGUGAUUGCUGCAAUAACAUGGGAGGACAGUUACAGAGCCAUAGGUCUCUACUGGGUUGGAUCCUUUCUCAUGUGUGCCAUAGUCUACAUUCUUGGGAAUGCUGUGGGAAAAUAUGGGACUCACGUUGGCCCUUUUUACCUCCUGCAUUUGCUAUAUGUCACAGUAUCUGUCUGGGCCUGCUUCCGCAUCUUCAGCCAGCCUUCCACACAGGAGCUGACAAGCAUCCAGAAGACUAACAGGAGGAGCUUGCUUCAAAGACCACUAGACUUACUCUUUGUUAUCUACCUCAUUCCUGCUUUUGCUUUCUGUGUCUUCAGAGGCCUGAUUGCCCUGGAUUGUUCCAGCGAAUGGUGUCAGGACUACACACAACAGUAUGAACCUUACCUCAAAGAUCCUUCAGCUUAUCCAAAAGUACAGAUGUUAGCAAACAUGCUGUACUCUGGACCAUACUACAUCAUUACUCUUUAUGGGCUGCUGGUCCCAGGAUGUGAAUGGAUGCCAGACCUAGCUCUUGUACACUCGGGGGCUUUGGCACAGGCCCAGUUCUCUCAUAUCGGUGCGUCUCUUCACACUCGGACGCCAUUCUCCUACAGAGUACCUGCUGACAGCCAGACUGUCUUCUUGUUGGUCAACGUCCUCUAUGCUCUGGUGCCUCAGUUUCUGUGCUAUCGCUGCUCCACCAGGCCUGCCUUCUUCCUGUCAAGGUCCACUGCAAACAAAAAGAGUGAAUGACAGGGAGGAAAUAUGUCAGGGACAUCAGGGAAGCCUUAAUAAAAGGCUCAAGAACACACUCAUCUGUGAAUGCAGAUAUAAUUUGGACAGGGAGAUUUCACUUCAGUCUUUACAAAGGAUAAAUGGUGGUAUUGGAAAUGUUACAAAACAGCCUACUCAAUGGUUGGAGUCUGAACCAUCAAAUAUUUCAGCUUAUUUUAAACAUUAACCAUAAAUACAGAUAUUAAAUGCUUUGUUUAUGUGUUUGUUAAGCAACAGCAGCCAGAGUACCUAAAGGAGUAUUAAGGCAUGUGCUAUGCUGCUAUGCUAUGUGAAUUCUGCAAUGCAAUGACAGUUUUUAUAUUUUGGUCAGGUUUUUUUUUUGUUUUUGUUUUUUUGUUAAGAAGAGGAUGCUUUUUGCCAACAUUUUUGUUUACUUGCAGUAUUUUUUGGCAGUUGAUGUACAUUAAUAAACAAAUCUUUCCAAUCUGUGUCUGUGUUUUUCAGGUUAUAAAAAGGUCUUACUUAGCAUUAACAUACAUAUUUAAGAUUGUGUUCAUUUUAGUAUGAUUUCAGGUUUUAUUGUGAGAAAAACAUGAAUGACAUAGUUCUUCUAGCAAAAUGUCAU